AUGUCUGGUCGAGGAAAGCAGGGCGGCAAGGCUCGCGCCAAGGCCAAGACCCGCUCCUCCCGGGCCGGCCUGCAGUUCCCCGUGGGCCGCGUGCACCGUCUCCUCCGCAAGGGCAACUACGCGGAGAGGGUGGGCGCCGGCGCCCCGGUGUACCUGGCGGCCGUGCUGGAGUACCUGACGGCCGAGAUCCUGGAGCUGGCGGGCAACGCGGCCCGCGACAACAAGAAGACGCGCAUCAUCCCGCGCCACCUGCAGCUGGCCAUCCGCAACGACGAGGAGCUCAACAAGCUGCUGGGCGGCGUGACGAUCGCGCAGGGUGGCGUCCUGCCCAACAUCCAGGCGGUGCUGCUGCCCAAGAAGACCGAGAGCCACCACAAGGCCAAGGGGAAAUAAGCCCCGCUUUUCACAGUGAUCGUUAACCAUGGAAACAAAGGCUCUUUUCAGAGCCACCUACUUUUUUCAGUAGAAAGUGCUGAAAUACUAUCGUUGCAAGAAGAAACUUCAACAUUU